GGGCCAGCGGAGCAGGAGGGGCUGCACUUUUGUCUUGUUAACUCAGCAGCAGGAGGCAGAGCCCAGGCCCAGGAAGUGGAGGGGGGGCUACGCUGCAGCUCAGGAGGGCAGCUCACACGCAGAGCCCUCGGAGAGACAAAAGCCAGCGAGUGGGAGCAAAUGCCACAAAUGCCAGCGAUCGGCUAGGCCACGGGGCAGGUGCUGGUACGGCUGGGGCAGCCCAAGGUACCAGCGUUGCCGCCUCCAGAGGGCCAGGUCCCCGCCCCAGGGCCGCCGCUUCGUGCUGUCUAGACAGACAGAGGCCAGUGGAAGCAGGAUGAGGCACUGCUCUGGGCAGACACAGCUGCGGGCACACAGGGCUGGGCCCCCGGGAGCAGCUCUCGUCUCAGCCCCAUCCUCCCCUCGGUCCAGACUGGCCCGCGUACAGGGCAGGCCUGGCGCAUGCGCAGGACGGCCAGGCCCUUUGGAGUCCACGACUGAAGGUGGAGCGGGCAGGAAGCCCCCACGACCCCACCGGGGCCCUGUGUCCUCUGAGAGGGCCUGGACCGGGUCCAUGCGCCUGGCCCUGCGCCUCCUCCCUGCCUGUUUCUGCCCCACAGCAUCUUAUCUCCCCCCACCGCCCCCAUCUGGAGCUCUUAAAGCAAAUUCUUGCCUUAUCACCCGUGGCAGCUGCCUCUGCAGCGACGUGUCUGGGGUCCCUGGCCCUAUCUGUCUGGCUUGUCUGCUUGGGACUCUCCUCUAGUGCGACGCCUGGCUCCCCCUCGCUCCCGCUUUCAUGCUCUCUUUCUCUCUCGUCCUCUUUCAGGGCCCCCAGAUCCUGGUUGCCAUGGUAUCACUGCAGCGAGUACCAGGUGGUGGUGGGGGGCAGGGAGCCGACACUGCCGCAGUCUCCGCCAUUUCCGAUGCCAGGCACCCGCGAGGCACCGUGGCUGGGGCUCAUUGGGGGGGGGGGGGCACUCGGCGCCUCCACAGGCCUCGGAGGCUUCUCCUUGGCCAUGGGAGGUGGGGAGAGCAGAGGGGUGGGCAUGGGAGUGAGAAUAUAAGGGGGCGAAAGAGGGGUGGCUGGUGGCAUCGUGGCCGGGGGAGGGGAGGAUAAAAGGUGAGAAGUCAAGGUGAACAGAAGGAUGAUCAGGCUGGAGGGAGGGAGGUUCGAGGAGGGGCCGGGGGAAGGGACCCCUCCAUGGGAGCUGGUGGGGUUGGGGGCCCACUGAGGCUAGGAUGAGCCGAACUCCAGCUCCUGCAGUCUUGUGGGGAGAGGGUCAUGACCAGGCCAGGCCUCCCUCGGACCUUGGGGGAGAUGAGGGCCUGGCUGGAGACAGAAUGGCAGCCAGCCCAGAGGAGUCAGGGGCGGCAGCUGGAGGGAUGGAGAUGCGGGAAAAGGUGGAGAGACAGCGAUGGGAGUGAGAGAGAUCUGAGAUGGAGACAGAACCAAGGGAGGAAAACACUGGAGGAGGAAUGCUGACAAACACGGGUGCCAAGGCACGGGGGGGGGGGCGGGGGGGGCGGGGGGGGAGCGGCCGCAGGGUGGGGAUUGGAAACACAGGAGCAAGGGGACAGACAGAGCCCAGAGUCCCCCGUCACCAUCUCCUCUCUCUUGCUCCCAAUCCUCUCUACCCCAACCCAAGCAGGAUGCAGUUUCCAUGACAACCUGGCCGGCCAGAAAGGGGGGCAGGGGACUGCAGAGGAAAUUUUCCACAUCAGCAGGAAGAGGAUGUGAUGCAGAGAAGGAAUGGGCUGGAUACAUGGGGGGGGGCGCCACACAGGGCCCUGGAACCCCAAAACAUCUCGCCCACUGCCUCCUGGGAUUCUCAUCCUGCCCCCAGGACAGUCCCUGGUCUCCCACUUGCUGACUCAGGGACCAGAACUGGGCCUAGAACUUGUUUUUGUCUGGAAUCGUGACCCAGGACGAAUGGCGGGGAGUGUGCCCCCUACCCUUCAGCUCCAGAACCUUGCUGCCCUCGGGGAGAGGCACCCUGACCUUGUGGUGGAAGUGGCCCAUCCCAAAAUAAUCCACGAAUCUGGGGCAGAAAUCCUGCGCUAUGCCAAUCUCCUGGUGGGAUCCCCCUCAGCCCUGGCUGACCAGGCCACAGAGCGGCAGCUCCUGGAGGCCUCGCAUUGCUGGGGCCACGCUGUGUUCGUGGCCCGGGGGGCCCUCUGGGGCACUGAGGACAUCGCCAGAUUGGACGAAGCCGGGGUCCUCCAGAGCCUCCGUGUCACCAUGGCCACACACCCUGAUGGCUUCCGGCUUGAGGGACCCCUGGCUACGGCGCACAGCACUGGGCCUCGCACUGUGCUCUAUGAAGGCCCUGUCCGCGGGCUCUGCCCCCUUGCCCCCCGAAACUCCAACACCAUGGCUGCUGCUGCCCUGGCCGCCCCCAGCCUGGGCUUCGACCGUGUGAUCGGGGUGCUUGUGGCCGAUUUCAGCCUCAAGGACAUGCAUGUGGUGGAUGUGGAGCUGAGCGGACCCCCGGGCCCCAAAGGCCGAAGCUUUGCUGUGCACACCCACAGAGAGAACCCCAGCGAGCCAGGCGCUGUCACCGGUUCUGCCACCAUCACCACCUUCUGGCGCAGCCUCCUGGGCUGCUGCCACCUGCCCUCCAAGCCGGGGAUCCAUCUCUGCUAAGAAGCCUCCUCCUUCCCAAGAGGACAUCCUCAUCUCAUUAUUUACCUCCCACCACCACCGUCCCGCUGCUGCCUCAGUAUCCCCAGACCUCCCUCCUGUCUCAGUAAAUAUUGGAGACUCUUCUCC